UUUCGACCACUUUGGUCUCUGACUUUGGUUAAAGGGUGCAUGCGCGUGGACGGCGCGCGCAAUACUCACAUGAUAUUUCCCAGCAUUCUCUGGGGCGCGCUCGCGCUGUCGGAAACAAACAAACGAAGGCGCACAUCAAGGAAGACGCCGAUAUGAAUUGCAAGACUGUGUUUGCAGCCCUGGAGAAGGUGUGUGAAGAUAAUAUUUCUGCUUUGUGCGGGCCAUCCAGUUUACCAUACGGCGAUGUUACCAAGCGCUUGGUCACAUGUAUGGAACAGAUUCAACAGCAUGGCCGAGCCCUGGAGCCUGUGGUCACCAGCUUGACUACCGUCUACCAUCAUUACGACUUUGACGCAGAAACACCAGGAAAUGGAUACCGCUCUCUGGUCAAGGUCUUGGAGUCUUGUCUUUUGCACAUUAUUCACAAGGGACGUUACGUUGCCUCCAAUUUCCGCAAAGCCUUCUUCAGGGCAGACCACAAUGCCUCUGAGAUGGAGGCCUACUGCAGCGCCCUGUGCCAGCUGCGCGCCCUGAUCCAUCUCGCCCACCAGCUCAUGAGCAACAACGCAUCAAGCCAGCUGUGCUGCCUGCAGGAACCUGAACUGAGCCACAGGUUUGUGCAAGAGUACAGCUCCAUGCACAAAGCCUGUUUCUACGGUCGCUGUCUUGGCUUUCAGUACUCACCAAGUCUUCGUCCGUUCCUCCAGACUAUCAUUAUAAGCAUGGUUUCGUAUGGAGAGACGUAUGGUAAACAGCAGUCUGGUUUGGGCACAGCAGCCCUUUCCCUCUUAACAUCAGGGAAGUACGUCAUUGAUCCAGAGUUGCGUGGGACUGAGUUUGAACGCAUUACCCAGAACCUGGACUUGCAGUUCUGGAAGUCCUUCUGGAAUCUGACGGAGUCUGGUCUUAUAUCAGGCUUCAGCAGGAUAACCUCGAACACUGUGCAGGUGAACAUCACCCUGACUGUCCCGCCUGUAGCUCUGUGCCUUCCGCUGGCUUCAGACCCCAGUCUGUCUGCCACCGUGUCACCUCCACUAGCCCACUGUGGCCCCGGGGCGGUCCACCUGCGUCUGAUCUCCUAUGACCUUCGAGAAGGACAGGACAGCGAAGAGCUGCUAGCUUUCUCUCGGACUGAUCCGCCCCCCAUCUCUUUGUCUCGCGUCCCAUGGGUCCAGAGGCAGCCUCUGUCCCCUUUGCUGCUCAUCCACUUCCAUGGAGGGGGGUUUGUGGCACAGACUUCCAAAUCCCAUGAGAAUUAUCUUCGAAGCUGGUCCAAAGAGCUGAAUGUCCCAAUCCUGUCCGUGGAUUACUCUCUGUCACCCGAAGCGCCGUUUCCCAGAGCACUGGAGGAAUGUUUCUAUGCCUACUGCUGGGCCCUGAAGAACUGUCACUUGCUGGGCUCCACAGCAGAGCGAGUCUGUCUGGCUGGAGACAGCGCUGGAGGGAACCUCUGCAUCACAGUGUCCAUGAAGGCCAUGACCUGUGGCAUCCGGGUCCCUGAUGGUAUCAUGGCAGCUUACCCAGCUAUCUUACUCACCACUGAUGCCUCACCUUCCCGUCUGCUGACACUCAUUGACCCAAUAUUACCGCUUGGUGUUCUUACAAAGUGUCUCAACGCUUAUGCAGGUACAGAGUACCAGACAGUGCAGCCUGUAGUCAGCAGGAACAGUCUCCGUGCUCUGCGCAGAGACACUGCCGUGCUACUUAGUGGUCUCACCCAGGGAGCGUCCAACUGGAUCCAGUCCUUUCUGGAACCCAUGCAAGCUACAUGUAGUACAAUCUCAACCCCACCUUUGCAACAAACAUCCCAGAGUCUGAGCAGCGACUCCCACAAGAGGCUCAACCAUGCCUCCCAAGCAGAAAACUUAGAAAGACCUGUGGAUUACCCAGAAGGCUUUGAGCCUCUGCGCUCCAAGUGCCUGGCGUAUGUUGACCCGACUACCUGCCCCAUUGUCAGAAACCCAUUUAUGUCGCCUCUGCUGGCUCCAAAUAACCUGCUGAGAGGCCUGCCGCCUGUGCACAUAGUGGCCUCGGCUCUGGAUGCCUUACUGGAUGACUCUGUGAUGUUCGCCAAAAAGCUGCGGGACAUGGGUCAGCCUGUGUCUCUCACUGUGGUGGAGGACCUCCCACAUGGUUUCCUCAGCCUAUCAAUGCUCUGCAAGGAGACGGAGGAGGCUACAGCAGUCUGCAUUGAGCGAAUGAGCGAAAUCUUCCAGAAACCGAACCCAAGUGCUUCUUCACGACCAAAUGUAGAUGGAACAUACCUUAGUGCUUGUUCCUCAGGAUGACCUACGAGACUUUAUGUUGG